UUAGUUGACUCACUUUUUCAAUUUCAUGGUCCACGACAGCUUUCAAUGUUUAAACCAGAUUUAUUCAAUGUAUCGAAAAUGCUUCCUUUUUAUAGCUCUCGUUUUCAUUGUGUUGCUUCGAAGCUGUAAACAUGGCGGAGGAUAGUGGCGUCGGAACGCUGCAUCAAACCGCUCAAGAAGAUCAUCAGAGAUGUGAACGGGAAGAAGCCACUUUAAUGCCACCCAGACGCCCAAAUCUGUCAUCCCUGGAAAUACCUGAAAGGUCUUUGGAGGCUGCAUUGUCUGAUAUAACAAGGAUAGACAUCCCCAGUCCCAGUUCUACCAGAGCAGGAUUGCCUCCGAGACCCAGUUCGGCAAAACUUAAAUCAUCUGUUAAGAACAUGCUUUCUCAGAAGAGCUUCAGGGGUAAAAUCCCAUCGCAGGAAACUGAAAAAACAGUUCUUAUCAUACCAGAUGUGCCCCUUUCAGACAAGCCUUCGACUUCAAGAUCAUUUUCCUUAAACAAAUUGUUUUCCCCAUCAACAAAAUCAGUACAUUCUUUACCUGUGACACCAACGGCAGUGGCUGAUCCUAAGCCCUCACUUGAAAAUCAUGCGGAUCUUCUAUCUAAAACGCUUCAACCUGAAGCUAAGAAACUCAUGACACGCUCCUUUUCAGUUCCAGUUAAUAUUAAAACCAGGAGCCUGAGGCGAACAGAAUCACAUGGGGGUCUGAUACGUGUGAUAUCAAAGCACCAUCUCCCUACAACAGUGGAAAACGCCUCCCCAGAUAUAUCUCCUGAAAUAGAAGCUGCCAUAGAUGAUGCUGGGGAAGACAUUCCCGAAGAAGAGGCUGUUUGUAGAAUUUGUUUAAUAGAGCUUGGAGAAGGGGGUGAAACACUGAAGUUGGAGUGCAGCUGCAAAGGAGAGCUUGCACUUGCCCACCAAGAAUGUGCUGUGAAGUGGUUUAGCAUCAAAGGUAAUAAGACCUGUGAUGUUUGUAAGCAGGAUGUCCGUAACCUUCCAGUAACAUUGUUGAAAUUACAAAAUCCUCCUAAUGUUGUACGAAGACCACCUUCUGUACCACAACAAAGGGAAGCAACUCGUUACAGGGUCUGGCAGGAUGUGCCUGUUCUCGUCAUGGUCAGCAUGCUAGCAUAUUUCUGCUUUCUGGAGCAGCUGCUGGUACUCCUCUUUUGUAUAUCGUAUUUACAUUACAGGGUAGCUGACAUGGGACCUCGAGCACUCGCCAUUUCUUUGCCUUUCUCUUGUGUUUUAGGUCUCCUUUCAUCAAUGAUAGCAUCCACAAUGGUGAGCAAGAGUUACAUAUGGGCUUACGCUUCUUUCCAGUUUGCAAUAGUGAUCCUAUUCGCUCAUAUUUUUUAUGCCGUGCUUAAUGUGAAUCCUAUUCUUUCCGUGUUGCUCUCCUCUUUCACCGGGUUCGGGAUUGCGAUCAGCACCAAUUCACUUCUCGUGGAAUACUUGAGAUGGAGAGCGAGCCGUCAUCCCCAGACCUUACCACAACAUAUAAGCAGUGGUGCACAGUUUCAUCAACAUGAACAAAGACACCACCAGAGUAGGCAUCAUCAUCGGCCCCAUCAUACUGAUAAUAGUAAUCGAGCACUGCAAACUCCGGUAACACUCUCAACACCCACGGGGCCAUCAGGAAGCAUGUGAAACACAUAAAUUGAAGAGUUGGGAUGCUCGGCUGGGCAGCUAUUGUAAUUUAGUAGUGUUGGCCAUUGAUGUUAGUUAGAAUAGCUAUUUUUAUAUAGCUUGCAAUUAGGAUAUUGUAAUUGUGUUAACAUCCAAAUAUAAAUUUUAAUGAUGGACAAGGUUUAUUA